AUGCACCUCCAGCCAGAAAACGACCACCACCCAUCGAAUCCCUCGAAUGGCGCCUCGGACAAGCUGCCGCCCACCGCCACACACUUCUACGGCCACAAUCGACAAGAAGUGACGCGCCUGCUCAUCCAGAGCCUCUCGGACCUGGGCUACCAAUCCACCGCCCGCCAACUGAGUCAAGAGAGCGGUUUCGAACUCGAGCUUCCCAACGUUGCUGCCUUCCGGUCCGCUGUCCAGAAUGGCCACUGGUCAGAUGCCGAAGCCUUGCUGUUUGGCGACGCCAGCCACGACGGCCUACCGCUGUGUGAAGGAGCAAACAGAGACGACAUGGUCUUCCUGAUACGCCAGCAAAAGUACCUCGAACUGCUCGAGCUGCGCGACCUCUCCAAGGCUCUGAUGGUCCUCCGACAAGAGCUGACCCCGCUGCAUCAAGAUGUCGCCCGCCUACACGCCCUCUCCAGUCUGAUCAUGUGUCGCCGAGCAGACGACCUGCGCCGACAAGCACAGUGGGAUGGUGCUGACGGCAACUCGAGGCGACACCUCUUAUCCGAACUGUCGAAAUCCAUAUCGCCGUCCGUCAUGAUACCCGAACACCGCCUCGCCGUCCUCCUAGACCACGUCCAGCAGCAGCACAUCGAUCAAUGUCUAUAUCACAAUACCACUCAGCCUCCCUCCCUACUGCAUGACCACGUCUGCGAACGUCAUCACUUUCCCCUACACAUCUUCCACGAACUGCAACACCAUCGAGACGAAGUCUGGCAUCUCGAAUUCUCCCACGACGGCUCCAUGCUGGCCACCGCUUCCAAAGACAAUACUGUCAUCAUCUACGACACCACGUCCUGGAUGCCCAUCAGCCGUCUGAAUCAGCAAAAGCCUCAUAACGAGUGCGGGGUCUGCUACGUUUCUUGGAGCCCAGACGAUACAUACAUUCUCGCGUGCUCCCAAGCAAGAGAGCUCACAGUCUAUCAAGCCCGCACAGGUACUCGUGUCGGUGCUGUUGACCAUUUCCAUUAUCCCGUCACCACAGCUGCCUGGGCCCCUGACGGCCAAAGUUUCAUCGUCGGCUCGCAGGACUCCAGAAGACCUCUUGGCCUCUACCAACUAUCAGACCAGUCAAUACUCUAUUCGUGGAGCAGUAACGAUGCUCAAAGUCUCCGUGUGAAUGACUGUACCAUCUCGGCCGACGGAUCCCGGCUUGUCGCUAUAAGCAACGACAACCGCGUCAUCGUCUACGACUUCAAGACACGUCUGAAACUCCAAGAAUGGGUCAUGGAGGACAGGCUCACCUGUGCCACUCUCAGCCAUGAUGGCAAGUCGCUCCUAGUCAGUAUGAAUGAAGGACGUCUAUUACUUCUAAACUCAGAUACUGGCGAAGUUUUGCAACGCUACACCGGCCUGACCCAGAGUGAAUUUGUCAUAAGAAGCACAUUCGGCGGUGCUGGCGAGAAUUUUGUCAUCAGUGGCAGCGAAGAUUCACGAGUCUAUAUCUGGCGUAAACACACCGGACAACUCGUUGUCGCACUUGAAGCACAUCCCCCUGGCACCGUGAACUCGGUCGCCUGGCAUCCUACCGAUCCAGCCAUCUUCGCUUCCGCUGGCGACGACAGAAGAGUCAGAAUGUAUGUCUUUGCCAGGAUCUUGUCCACCGCAAUCUAA